AUGCAGCAGUACAACACAACUUCGCAAGAAAAGCAGUUGCCUUUCGGAUACCGCGGAAUUUUGGAGCAAGGAAUUGAAGGCAUGACAGCCGCAAGCACUCUUUCCACCACGACGCUGUCCGGAGAGCAACAAGCCUGUGCUCGUUACGAAUACGACGAAGCGCAUAAGCUCGUUCCAGACCCCAUGUGCAGUUGCCCAGCUGGAGAAAUGCCUGAUCCGGAAAAUGUAGACGAAUUGACGACAGUGUCUACGUUUGGUGUGGUUGUUGACGAAAUGUGCGGGGGUAUGGUGACAGAUCCGCAGGAGCGAGCUCGUCUUGCUGUUUUGGUGCUACGCCGUACUGGGCUUCCUUACCAAGUUUGUGUUCGACGUGAUGGCGAUCCAGUGCUCGUCCAACUUGACUGUUCCUAUUGUACUGUGACACAGAUUGCAGAAGCUUUUGAACGAAAUGCCCAGGACCGAUAUGUACCACUGAAUCACGCCGAUUGUCUGGUCGAUGGCCCUAGAUAUCGAUGCCAGUGUCACAAGGGUUGGAAUGAUACUUCACUGGAUAUUGGCAAAGCAGAGGGGCGACGAUGCGAGCAGCUGGCACUACUCAAAGCCGAUGGGUGCAUACCAUUCCUCGGUAUUUGUUUGCUGUGGUGGUUUCUUCUGCUUGGCAUUAUUCUCUUCCUGAUACUGCCGUUACUCUGCUUCGUCAGCUACAUCCUCCUAAAGUGGUGUCUAGGGACGAGAGUUGCUAACGUUGUCGAUGAGCAGGUUGGUUUGCUUGCCACUUGUUAUUCAUUUGUUAAUUUUUCAUGCUAA